AGAAGAAUCACAAAGUGCAUAGCUUUAAAAAACUUAUCACGUGGUUGGUCAUUCGCGAGCUGUCAUUGAAUUGUUGCUCCCGGUGGUUCUUUUGCACUUCCCAUUGCCCAGAUAAGCCUCAGACGAGUGUGAGUGUGUGAAAAUCAGUGAUAAAGCGCGGGGGAGAUCAGUGCCUGACCCAAUGGGCCAUUGGAGAAGACGACGAUAGGCGUUCUGGCGUGAAAAGUGUGCGUGCAAAAAGCCACCCACACGAUGGAGUUCGCCGAGUUGAUUCUCACACCAAAACUCGAUAAUGUCAUCCUGCACGCUGGUGGGGACACUGCCCCCGUAGCCGGGACCCUCUGCAUCACUGGUCAUCAUCUUAUUCUCAGUACUCGCAAGGAAGACACACAGGAGCUCUGGCUGUUGCACCAGAAUAUUGACUUCCUGGAGAGGAAACCCUACGUGGUGAAUAACCAACUUCAGGGUGGGACGAUAGUGCUCAAAUGCAAAGAUCUUCGAGUGAUUGCACUGGAGAUUUCUGCAGCUCAGGAUUUCCUAAAUGUUGCUCAGACCAUUGAGCAGUUGAUCACAUUGGAUAGUGUCAAUCUUCUCUAUGCCUUCUUCUAUCGGCCAAUGUUCUCCAUCCUCGAGGAUGGCUAUGAGAUGUUCCGGCCCGAAGUGGAAUUUUCAAAGCUCCUUGCCAGUGAGGAAUGGCGCCUUACCACGGUGAAUCGAGAUUUUUCUGUGUGUUCUUCGUAUCCGGCAGUUCUAGUUGUUCCACGGUCUGUAACUGACGAGCAAAUCCUGGCGUCGGCAACAUUCAGGGACGGUGGACGCUUCCCAGUGAUCAGUUAUCGUCAUGAGAAUGGUGCUGUUAUGUUGCGCAGUGCUCAGCCAUCGCCUACGUCCAGCGGGAAGCGCUGUAGAGCCGACGAAGCUAUCCUCAAUAGUGUCCUGGGCAAGAGUCGCAAGGGAUUCAUCGUGGACACUUGGGGUGUAAAAGGGAAGAGCACCACAGAAACGGACCAACACUAUUCGCAGUGGAAGAAAGCUACACGAUCUGUGGGUACUUUUGCUCACAUUUCCCAACUCCUGGAGAGCUUCAGUCGUCUCGUUGAGGCAUGCAAUGAUAUCAAUUGCUCCCCCGAUAAGUGGCUCUCUCGGCUGGACAACAGCAAUUGGCUGGGUCAUGUACUCAGUGCCCUCAAUACGGCCUGCGUUGUGGCCCAGUGCCUCGAUCAGGAUGGCAGUCCAGUACUUGUACACGGUGGCAAAGGCCUAGACACGACCCUCAUAGUCACUUCUCUCGUGCAGAUCAUCCUCAAUCCCGAUUGUAGAACCGUUCGCGGACUGGAGGCUCUGAUUGAGCGAGAGUGGAUCCAGGCUGGAUUUCCCUUUCACACACGCCACCGUCAAUCUUGCUACACUCCAGCCCAUAUUCGUGCAAAGACAUCCGGCUCGAGUUUUGUCCUCUUUCUGGACUGUGUCCAUCAGCUGCAUACACAAUUUGCAUGUAGCUUCGAGUUCAGUACAAAUUUCCUGGUGAUGCUCUUUGAGCACAGUUUCAGCAGUCAAUUUGGCACAUUCCUUGCCGAUUCCGAGCAUGAACGCACUCAGCUCGGUGUUACUACCAAAACCACCAGCCUCUGGUCCUACAUCAAUCGCCCCGAAGUACUGAGGACCAUCCUCAGUCCGGUCUACGAACCCAAUUCCACAGUUAUAUGGCCUUCUGUAGCUCCCAUAAGUCUCGUGGUGUGGAAAGGGCUCUAUUUGCGAUGGGUGGUGAAUCAGGAUCAAUCGCUGAGAUUGCGAAAUCAAAUCCAAGCACUUGUUGAUGAAGAAAAGGAACUUCGGUCAAAAGUUGUGCGUCUCCGGAAGCAAUUGAUGGAUCUCUACAGGAACUACCAAGACCUCGAGAAGUGUGGACAUGGAACUGGUAAUUGUGAAUAAUAAUGUCUCUCUCGCCCUUUCAAUGUGCAAUUUUGUCAGUCAAUUCCCAUUCCUUCUGUAUUCCCAGAAGAUUUAUCAAAAAAAAAAAUGUCCAGAAAAUUCUUGCGCUCUCUCUGUCUCUCUCAAAAUCCAGCUCGAAGCAUUUAUAAAGGGAUUUUCUGUGGUAUAUAUUCCAUGAGGACUGAAUGUAUUUUGGCAUGAAUGAUUAACCGAUAAUAAAGAUCAAAAUAUUAUCUAUA